CGGGGCCACUUCCGGCGAGCAGCGAGUGCGAGCGGCUUGGCCGUGGAUAUAGACAGCGAUGGCAGCUCGAGUACUUGUCAUUGGCAGUGGCGGAAGGGAACAUGCGCUAGCCUGGAAGCUUGCACAGUCUCAUCAUGUCAAACAAGUGCUUAUUGCCCCAGGAAAUGCAGGCACUGCCUGCUCUGAAAAGAUUUCAAAUACUGACAUCUCGAUCACUGAUCAUACUGCCCUUGCUCAAUUCUGCAAAGAUGAGAAAAUUGAAUUUGUAGUUGUUGGACCAGAGGCACCUCUGGCUGCUGGAAUUGUUGGGGACCUGACCUCUGCAGGAGUACGAUGUUUUGGCCCCACAGCAGAAGCAGCUCAGUUAGAAUCCAGCAAAAGAUUUGCCAAAGAGUUUAUGGACCGACACAGAAUCCCAACUGCACAAUGGAGAGCUUUCACCAAACCUGAAGAGGCCUGUAGCUUCAUUAUGAGUGCGGACUUCCCUGCUUUGGUUGUGAAGGCCAGUGGUCUUGCAGCUGGGAAAGGAGUGAUUGUUGCAAAGAGCAAAGAGGAAGCCUGCAAAGCUGUACAGGAGAUCAUGCAGGAUAAAGCUUUUGGAGCAGCUGGAGAAACAAUUGUUGUUGAAGAACUUCUUGAAGGAGAAGAGGUGUCUUGUCUGUGUUUCACUGAUGGGAGGACAGUGGCCCCCAUGCCUCCAGCACAGGACCAUAAACGAUUACUGGAGGGAGAUCAAGGCCCCAACACAGGGGGAAUGGGAGCCUAUUGUCCCACACCUCAGGUUUCUGAGGAUCUGUUACUAAAAAUUAAAAAUACUGUCCUUCAGAGGACAGUAGAUGGCAUGCAGCAAGAGGGUACUCCAUACACAGGGAUUCUUUAUGCUGGCAUAAUGCUGACCAAGGAUGGCCCAAAAGUUUUGGAAUUUAAUUGCCGUUUUGGUGAUCCAGAGUGCCAAGUAAUCCUCCCACUUCUUAAAAGUGAUCUUUAUGAAGUAAUUCAGUCCACCUUAGAUGGCCUGCUGUGCACGUCUUUACCCAUUUGGCUAGAAAACCACACUGCCAUAACUGUGGUCAUGGCAAGUAAAGGUUAUCCUGGAGCUUACACCAAGGGUGUGGAGGUAACAGGGUUUUCUGAGACUACAGCUUUAGGACUAGAAGUGUUCCAUGCAGGCACUACCUACAAAAAUGGCAGAGUGGUGACCAGCGGGGGAAGAGUCCUUACAGUAACAGCCAUUCAUGAAAACCUCAUAUCUGCCCUUGAAAAAGCCAAGAAGGGACUCACUGCUAUAAAGUUUGAGGGAGCAAUUUACAGGAAAGACAUCGGCUUUCGCGCCAUAGCUUUCCUUCAGCAGCCCAGGGGCUUCACUUACAAGGGAUCUGGGGUAGACAUUGCAGCUGGAAAUAUGCUGGUUAAGAAAAUAAAGCCUUUAGCAAAAGCCACCUCCAGACCAGGCUGUGACGUAGAUCUUGGAGGUUUUGCUGGUCUUUUUGAUUUGAAAGCGGCUGGUUUCAAAGAUCCUCUUCUGGCCUCUGGAACUGAUGGUGUUGGAACUAAACUCAAGAUUGCCCAGCUGUGCAAUAAACACAAUACAAUUGGUCAAGAUUUGGUUGCAAUGUGUGUAAAUGAUAUUCUGGCACAAGGAGCAGAGCCCCUCUUCUUCCUUGAUUACUUCUCCUGUGGAAAGCUUGACCUUAAUAUGUCUGAAACCGUCAUUGCCGGAAUUGCUACAGCUUGUGAACAGGCUGGAUGUGCUCUCCUUGGAGGUGAAACAGCAGAAAUGCCCGACAUGUAUCCUCCUGGAGAGUAUGAUCUAGCUGGUUUUGCUGUUGGUGCUAUGGAGCGGGAUCAGAAACUGCCUCACCUGGAAAGGAUCACUGAAGGGGAUGUUAUUGUUGGAAUAGCUUCAUCUGGUCUCCACAGCAAUGGAUUUAGCCUUGUGAGGAAAAUUGUGGCAAACUCUUCCCUGCAGUACUCCUCUCCAGCACCUGAUGGUUGUGGUGACCAGUCCUUAGGGGACUUACUUCUAACUCCAACCAAAAUCUACAGCCGUUCUUUGUUACCUGUCAUACGUUCAGGACAUGUUAAAGCCUUUGCUCAUAUUACUGGUGGAGGACUACUGGAAAACAUUCCCAGAGUUCUCCCUCAGAAAUUUGGGGUGGAUUUAGAUGCCCAGACAUGGAGGAUCCCCAGGGUCUUCUCAUGGUUACAGCAGGAAGGACAGCUCUCUGAAGAAGAGAUGGCCAGAACAUUCAACUGUGGUAUUGGAGCUGUCCUUGUGGUAUCAAAGGAUCAGACAGGGCAGAUUCUAAAUGAUAUUCAACAGUGCCAGGAAGAAGCCUGGGUGAUUGGCAGUGUGGUUGCAUGUCCUGAAGGUUCCCCUCGUGUGAAAGUCAAGAAUCUGCUCGAAACCAUGCAAAUGAGCAAGUCAGUGUCAGUGAACGGCUCCUUGAAAAAUCACUUCUCUGCCCAACCAAAAAAGGCAAGAGUGGCUGUCUUAAUAUCUGGAACAGGAUCGAACCUCCAAGCACUCAUAGACAGUACUCAGGAUCCAAAUAGCUACGCACACAUUGUUGUUGUUAUCUCCAAUAAAGCCGCAGUGGCUGGUUUAGAUAAGGCAGAAAAAGCUGGUAUCCCAACCAGAGUAAUUAAUCAUAAAUUAUAUAAAAAUCGGAUAGAAUUUGACAAUGCAAUUGACAAAGUCCUUGAAGAGUUCUCCACAGACAUAGUCUGUCUUGCAGGGUUCAUGAGAAUUCUCUCUGGCCCCUUUGUCAAAAAAUGGGAUGGAAAAAUGCUGAACAUCCACCCUUCCUUGCUCCCUUCUUUUAAGGGUUCAAAUGCUCAUGAGCAAGCCCUGGAAGCUGGAGUCACAAUUACUGGAUGCACUGUACACUUUGUAGCUGAAGAUGUAGAUGCUGGACAAAUUAUUUUACAAGAAGCUGUUCCUGUUAAAAGGGGUGACACUGUUGCAACUUUGUCUGAAAGAGUAAAAUUAGCAGAACAUAAAAUAUUUCCUGCAGCCCUCCAGCUGGUGGCCAGUGGAAUUGUACAGCUUGGAGAAAAUGGCAAGAUCUGUUGGGUCAAAGAGGAAUGAAGCCUCCUAAUUUAGGAAUGGAACCAGUUUUGAAAGAAUUAUGACUAUUUGCUUGGUGCCUUUUAUUCAUGUAUUUAACCUAAUAGAAAAACUGCUAACAGAAAAAGACUUCACCGUUAACCUCAUUCACCAUUUUUUAAUAGAGAAUCAUUAAAAACAAAAUUUGUGCAGGAUAUCCUAGACA